CAGCCGUUCCCCGGGGGUCCUGGCGAAAGCUUGUGGGUGAUCGGGGAGGGCUUCCCGGGCUGUCCCCUGGCGCCGGGGGGCUUCGCCGCCGAGAGGUGGCGUAGAUGUAGCAGCGUAUCUUUUGGGAGAGCGGCGGUCUCGUGCUGCGAGUGUCAGAGGGCAAGCUGAGGAGCUUGGUGCAGAUACUGCUCCACGGGGUCGGGAGAGUUAUCGGGGCUGUCAAACCAUGCGGUGCAUGGGACUGUGAAGGCUUUAAGGAGACACUCCUCUUAGUCUUGACUUGGGACGCUGAGCAGGCUGUGUUAACAUGGUGGUGGUGCAGCAGAUAAGAUUAAUUUAAUACCUCAAGACUUUUUUGCAGAACUGUGUGAACAAAUAAUUCAACAUCUGAACCAUAAGAUCCCUGGUGUAAAUACAGCUGAACUGUGUCAGAGAAUUCAAACAUCUGGGAUUGAGAUUGGUGUUGGUGACCUGGCAAAAAUAGCUAACAUUGUUUCAUUUCUAUUUAGCACAGCAGCCAGAAACAAUCUCUCUACGGAAGAACUCAUCGCCACCUUGGGCAAUGCAGUCAGCGCGCUGCCGAAACAUGCACUUCAGGUCAUUCGUCAUGUGUGGAAUGAGCAGGGCAAAUCCAUUAGUGUGUCAGAAGAUGCAGGAAAUAUGGCCACGGUGGGGCAGUUUGUAGAUAUUAAAUGGAAACUGGGAGUUGCAAUGAGCUCUGACACAUGCAGAUCUCUGAAGUACCCUUACGUUACGGUGACACUAACAGUCGCAGACCCUUCAGGACAAAUAACAGACAAAACUUUUGAAAUGACGAUCCCACAGUUCAAGAACUUCUUCAGACAGUUCAAGGAAAUGGCGGCUGUUCUUGAAACAGUUUGAAGAGAACUUUUAUUUACACUGAAAUUUCGGACAGGCUUCAAUCAAAUAUACUUUCUGUUCUGCACAGGGAAUAAAGUGCCAUUGUUCAGCAAGGUAUGUAUCCUUGUGUUUUUCAACAGGUAUUUGUCAGCAUCAUCCUUACAUUGCUGUGAAGAUUUCUUCACUUUUGAAUACUUGAAGCAACUCUGCAGUGUUUGUGAAAAUGUUUUCACCUUUGUUCAUCCUGGUAGACAAAAGAUCAGGAUGUGUACGGAGAAGACUGUAGACUUUCUAAUAUCCAACAAUAAGAAACUACACAUUGAACUCUGGAGUGUGGAAAGACACCUGAAAAUGUUGGCUGGGAAGAAUCUGAGAGAAGCGUAAACCGCAUGUUAACACUUUCAUCUGUAAAAUUGAGAUGCACUUGGACUCAAUGAUAAUAUUAAGUAUAAGGAGUAUAUGAAGUUACAUGUAACAAGCAUACAGUUAUUCUUGAAGAAUCGCAAUGUCAAGUAGAUAGUUGCAGGUAUUUGCAGACCUGGAUUUCAGUCUUCAUUUAAUAACUGGAGUAGUUGUCUUAAUAGCUUGUUUAUUUCAAAUACUUAUUUCCCAUCACCUAGGCUUAUAAAAACUGAGUUAAUGCAUUAAGCUUUUCUGGAGACCCAAAAUUUAUUCUCUGGAAUGAAGCCCAGAGGCUAAUUUUAAAUAAAGGUAGAAAGGUGAGUUUAAUUCAAAAGCAUUUUAGUAUAUUUUUGCCUUUGCAUUUAAUCCAACCCAAAUCUGUGGCACUCUGCUUGAUGUUUUGAUUACCAGUCUGCCUUCUAAUUAAAUUAGAAUAUUGAUGUAGUUGCUUCACUUCAGGCUCUGAACUAGGAAAGUCAAGAGGAAAGUUGAAAAUUCAGACUGGAGUGUUAGCCAAGCAUGUCAGAGAAAGGUCCUUGCUAAAAGUCA